AUGGAAAUUGCCGAGACAGCAAAGAAGCUCGGAAAUCGCAUCAAGGAAUUGGUCAUCUGCCCUAUCUACGCCAACCUGCCAUCAGAACUCCAGGCAAAGAUUUUCGAACCUACUCCAGACGGCGCACGCAAAGUCGUACUGGCAACAAACAUUGCUGAGACAAGUUUGACUAUUGACGGCAUUGUAUAUGUCAUCGACCCCGGCUACGUCAAGGAGAAUGUCUACAACCCAGCCACGGGCAUGUCGAACCUGGUCGUCGUCCCUUGCUCUCGAGCAUCAGCCAAUCAGCGGAGUGGUCGUGCCGGUCGUGUAGGGCCGGGCAAGUGCUUUCGAUUGUAUACCAAGUUUGCUUAUAUGAACGAGAUGGAGGAGUCGCCGCUGCCAGAAAUCCAGCGGACAAACCUCAACGGAGUCGUGCUGCAGCUCAAGUCACUAGGCAUCAAUGAACUUUUAGACUUUGAGUUUAUGGAUCCACCUCCGACAGAGACUCUCAUCGGUGCCUUGAACCAGCUGUUUGCCCUCCAGGCUCUCAACCACAAGGGCGAGUUGACCAAGAUUGGUCGGCAAAUGGCCGAGUUUCCGACGGAUCCUAUGCUAGCAAAGGCCGUGCUGGCAGCCGACAAAGAGGGCUGUGUGGAAGAAGUUCUCUCCAUCGUCUCCAUGCUGGGUGAAGCAUCUGCGCUCUUCUUCAGACCAAAGGACAAGAAGAUUCAUGCCGAUAGCGCCCGAAACCGCUUCACCAUCAAGGAUGGUGGUGACCACGUUACACUGCUCAACAUCUGGAACCAAUGGGUUGACAGCGGCUUUUCACCCAUCUGGGCCAAGGAGAACUUUUUGCAGCAGCGGUCUCUGACUCGCGCCCGAGAUGUGCGAGAUCAACUGGCCAAGCUCUGUGAGCGCGUCGAGGUCGCUCCCUCGACAUGUGGCGCCACCAACCUACGACCUAUCAAGCGCGCCAUCACGGCUGGAUUCUUCCCCAACGCAGCACGCCUGCAGAAGAGCGGCGACAGCUACCGGACGGUCAAGAACAGCACGACGGUGUGGAUUCACCCGAGCAGCGUGCUAAUGUCAAUAGACCCCCCAGAAAAGAUGGUGAUUUACUUUGAACUGGUGCAGACGACAAAGGAGUAUAUGCGCAGCGUAAUGCCGAUUGAGGCUGGAUGGCUAGCAGAGCUGGCGCCUCACUUUCACAAAAAAAAGGACAUUGAGGCGUUGGAGGAAAAGAAGAUGCCGAAGCAAGGGCGAUGA